AUGAACUAUGGUCCGGACAUGGAGGCCGUCGUCCACACCCGCGGCCCUGCUGAUAUCCCCUGGUACAAUCAUCACGCCGCCGAACGACCCUUGUUAUCGGGCGAUAAACUCCCGGCCCUGAGUUUACCCACGGCCGUUCAAGGUCAGACCUCGCGCGCUUACCAAGACCCCUCCGUGUCCAGUUCGGCCAGCUCGAGCGCUCGCACGAGCUUGUCUGGAGCUUCCGCAGCGGCGGCCAACGAGCCCAGGAGCCCCCCACCGGACUUGACCGCUGGAACCCAGGGCCGGCUCUCUCUAGAUCCUUUUCCGGCGGACUUUCUUCAGUCUGUAUCUGCCGCCGAAGCGUUCUACCCCAGCCCGACCUCCUUGGGCAGUAUGAACCAAACAGCCCCAUACAUGGACGUACAUUCCUCGCACCUGUCGUCCGCGCAACCCUACGCCUCUCAGGGUGCCACAUCCGGGGCCAUGUCGCACUACCCUUACCACCAUCAGCCGCCUGUUUUGCAGCCUGCCUCUUCAUAUGCGCCAGCUGCAUCGUAUCCGCAGUACGGAUACGGUAAUCCCGUCACAUCUCCUCCGACGGGGCAUCAUCCGCCCCCGAGCUCGCUUGGGGGACAAAUGCCAGCGCAAUUGCUACCGUUGCCUGUAAGCAACCACUCUGUUGCAGCUCCUGGCUACGGAAAUUAUGGUAACAACACCGGAGCUCCUCUGCAAGGAUACGUCUACGAUACCCAAGGCCAGCAGGCCCCGCCUGGCGCUAAGCCGCGGGUGACGGCCACUCUGUGGGAAGAUGAAGGUAGUCUCUGCUAUCAGGUGGAGGCUAAGGGAGUCUGCGUUGCCCGGAGAGAGGACAACCAUAUGAUUAAUGGAACCAAGCUACUGAAUGUGGCGGGUAUGACACGUGGACGUCGUGACGGAAUCCUCAAGAGCGAGAAGAUCCGCCAUGUCGUAAAAAUUGGUCCUAUGCAUCUGAAGGGCGUUUGGAUUCCUUUUGAGCGUGCUUUGGAAUUUGCGAACAAGGAGAAGAUCACCGAUCUCCUGUACCCACUGUUCGUGAACAAUAUCGGUGGCCUGCUGUACCACCCGGCCAAUCAAUCUCGCACCAACGUGGUGGUUCAAGAGUCGCAGCAGCGGCGUAUGGAGGGCCCUCCUCAGGGAUCUCAGCGCACCCCGUCUGGGCACCAGCCUCCGGGGCUUCACCACCACCACAUGCACACUCCCAUGUCCUCUCACAUGUCGCAGCCGCCAUCAAUGGCUGGUGGCCCCCGUCCCGGACUUGACCGGGCUAAUACGUUUCCUACCCCACCUGCAAGCGCCUCCAGCCUCAUUGGGGUGACCAACCAGGGCAGCUCGUACGAAUGGGGCGGCCAGGGCAUGGGCUCUGGAGUGCCUCACGCGCAGCCGUUGUCCAUUGACACCGCGCUGAGCAACCAGCGCUCGAUGCCGACCACCCCGGCAACCACGCCUCCUGGCAAUAAUCUGCAGGGCAUGCCUUCGUACCAGGGCCAAUCUGGCUACGACAGCAAGCCUUACUACUCGGCGGCCCCCCAGUCACAUUCACAAUAUGCCCCCCACACUCCCUUGGCGCAGCCAGGAAUGUCCGCCUACGGGCAAUCGAUGCCGGGAAAUUCGUAUGUGAAGAAUGAAAUGGCACCUCCGACAGCCAGGGCUUCGGGCACCGCUGAGCCUGAAACCUCGGAGCUGAAAACGGAUCGCUACUCUCAGAGCAACGCCCCGGCAGAUGGCGUACAGGAGCAAGAGCACGAGUACCUGCAGGAUGGAGCCGGCUACAAUGCCAACCGUGGCUCGUACACCUACACCACCAACCCCUCUGUCGGCUCCCUGACCGGCGAGCAUUCCCAGCUCACUCCCGAAAUGACAGGUUCUCCGCAACAGAACGGAUCGGGUCGCAUGACCCCACGGACAGGUGGUGGCGCCCCGCCGCACUGGGCGUCUGGGUACAACACGCCUCCGCGCCCAUCGGCAGCAAGCAGCCUGUACAACAUCGUUAGCGACACGCGCGGCACGCCCGCCAACGGCGCCUCGAACGAUCCGUACUCGAUGCCUUCCGCCUCGACUCCGGUGUACCAGACGGCCAUGAACGCGAGCGGCGGAUCUAUGGGAUCUGGCAGCAAGCGCAUGCGCGAGGAUGACGACCUGCCCGCACCGUCUGACUACGACACGAAGCGCCGCAAGACCUUGACGGAUACAACCACCGGUGGUCCCGUUGGCGCGCCUCUGCUGCAACCGAUGAAGGCGCCUCAGAGUGUGAUGUCCCGUCGUCGGUGA